CUCAGAAAAGCACCAGCAGCUUCACUUCCACUUUACUGAUCUAAACUCUGUCUCUCUCUCUCUGUGAGCGUCUGAAGAGUUCUGAAUCUCGCGUCAUCCAGAAUGUCUCUCCCACAACAGCUGCGCGAUGAAAGUGAUUUCGACCAGCUUCCAGACAACAUCCCGGUCACCGCAACCAUUGCUGAUAUUGAGGAGAAGAAAGGUUUCAUUGUUUACUAUAGGUUCGUGAUUGAAGUGAAGACCAAAGGCAACAGUAAAUACCUGAUCUACAGAAGGUAUCGUCAGUUCUUUGCUCUGCACCAGAGUUUGGAGCUUAAAUACUCAGCUGUAGCCCAGCCGGGAUACUACACCUGCCAACUACCUACUCUGCCAGGUAAGGUUUUUAUGGGAAACAAAAAGGAGAUCGCAGAGAGCAGAAUCCCAGAGCUCAACAAUUACAUGAAGAGGUUGCUUUGUCUGCCUACCUGGGUACUCUUGGAUGAUCUGAUACGGAUGUUUUUCUACCAGACCGAGUUGGACAGCCAACAGGUCCCGCGGGCCCUGCGCCGCCUGCGGCCCCCCACACGCAAAGUAAAAACCAUAAAGCCCAAAACAGACCUUCUCUCCGCACCCAGAGCAGAGGCGGUGUUUGACUUCAGCGGCAGCGGAUGCCUGGAGCUCAGUCUCAAGGCUGGAGAUGUGAUCUUCCUCCUGCGGAGAGUCAAUGCAGACUGGCUGGAGGGCACAGUGAGGGACAAAACUGGAAUCUUUCCCGAGUCGUUCGUGAACAUUAUUAAACCUCUUCUCGAGAGUGACUCUGACGAAGAGCGUGGAGUUUCCAAGAGUGGGAAACGUGCUCAGAGUUCAUACAGCUGCCUGCGCUGCUAUCUGCUGCAGCCCGAGGGCAUCGACACAAGGGACGUUUGUGUUGAGGAAGAUCUCUCCAUUCAGCCGUCUUACAAAGAUCUGCUUUCCCAAAUGAGGGGCAUCUUUCAAGUGGAAGAUAUUGCUUUAAACUACCGGGACCCCGAGGGUGAUCUGAUACGGAUAUUAGAUGAUGAAGACAUCACUCUCAUGGUGCAAGAGAGCAAACAGACGGGGUCAAAGGUCAAGAGACCCGUGAAUCAGUUUCCCUGGGAGCUGCUGGUCACGCAUGCCAAAGAUCUGACCGUCUACAACACAGAGUAGUUAAACAAGUGCUUCCUCGGACCUCGACAUGUUCCUCGUAAUUUCAGAAUCAUUGCACGUUGUUUAAUUGGUUUUCAAACUGAAAACAAUUUUUGGUUAUUUAAGGGAUAGUUCACCCCAAAAUGUAAAUUUUGUCAUUAUUUACUCACCCUUCGGUGAGUAAAUCGGUCGGUAUUAUCAUUAUCAAUAUACUAUUAUAGUUUAUAUAUAUAGAGA